GAGGAGGAGGAGGAAGAGGAGGAGGAGGGCAAGAGGGGCAAAUCCUGAGGAAAGUGGGGGGCAAACAACCCGGUUCCAUGGCAACAAGUCCUGCCCUCCACUCUGUCUGCAGCAGGCUGAGAGAGGGGAGGCAGGAGGACUUUUUUUUUUCCUUUUUUUUUUGUCGGUUUUUGUUGGAAAGACAUUAGACGGAGUUUACUGUGCAGGGCAGGUAACCAGCCAAAGUUUUCCAACGCGGAGACGAACUGGAUUUACGCGCCGCAAAAAGGGAUUAUAACCUGGGAAUGUCAGCAGCAGACAUGGACGUGGGGAGAAACUCGGAGGUGAGUGAGCGGUUCGCAGACCAACAUGACAGCCAACAAGAGUGCGAAGGCUGUGCCUCGUGCAGGAGGGGGUAAAGCUCCACGGGACGUCCCCGACAGGUCCCAGGCUACAUCCCCGGGUCCGAUCCUCUCUGCCAGUCAGGGGCAGAGCCAGCAGGCUCCCCUAAGCGACAGUGAGAACUCUGGGAAGCAGAGUAGGUACCUCAGGACUGACGGGCGGUUCCUGGCACGUACUGGCUGGAGCAGCAAAACCUCUAGCCUGUGCAGCGGUGCAUCCCUCACAGGUGACACCGACUUCCAAGGCCGUCUCACCAAGUCAAAGAGCAUCAGCUGCCUGGACAACAGGCUCUCCAUCUAUAAGCCCCCAGCUCAAACCAAGUCCUGUCAGGAUAGUCAGAAGGAACGGCAAGGAGAUCUCUCCCCAGGAGAUGGACUGAAUGGUCGGCCCCUGAGUUGGAGCACUCUCUCACUGGGACCUUCCUCCAACCAAAGCCACAAACGCACCCUCUCUCUCACCCGCUCGGUAGCAGGUGUUCCCCCCACCACAAUCCGCAAGAAGAUCUCAGAAUGGGAGUGCAGGAGGGUGGCUCUGCCUAGGAUGAGCUUGUGUUUGGAUAAAAGAGGAGGAGAGCGUGUUGGGGGCAGCGAGGGCUGCCCCAGCCUGCUCUCUUCCCCCUGUAGCGAGAAAACGUUUGACUUUAAGGGGGUUCGCAGGAUGAGCACGGCUUUCUCUGAGUGUUCCUACACUGAGACAGAAGAGGAGGAAGGAGUUUCGGACAAAGGUCGCUUCCAGAAAAGAAUAGGCAAGACAGACUCCUCUGGGACAUUUGUUCGGUCCCUGUCUACUCGGAAGGAGACUUCAGCAGUCCUCAACAGGAUACAAAAGAUAGAGCAAGCCUUGAAGGAGAACCCCAGCCCUUCACCUCCUCGUUAUCUGAGCAACUGCUAUGCUCCAGACAGAUCGAGACAAAAGUCUUUUGUGAUAGGUGAUGAUUUGGAUAGCACUUGUGCCAGUAAGCGCAGCAGCAUUUGCUCGAUUGCCACUGAACCAGAUACUCUAUCGGUGCCUGAUAAGCUUUCUAAACUUCGGCAAAGGUUUAGCAUGAGCUCAGCCAGGUCUGAGAGCCCAGAACCCCCAAGCCAGCAGACCACUGUUGGCACACCAGUCAACCCUUUACCGAAACCCAAACGCACUUUUGAGUACGACGCCAAACGGGACCAGAAAGCCAAUGGACUACCUCCAAACAGAGCCUCUGAGUCUCCCCCACCUCUGCCCUCCACCCCUGCACCCAGCACGACACUAACAAAGAGUGAGGGGAGCGCACCAGUGAGGAUCCAGGAGAGAGAGUCGUGUGAGUCGGAGGAUGCUACCAGCCUGCCAUCUUCAUAUCCGUCCUCCCCGACAGAAAAUGGCACUCUAACCACAGACACACGGAGUCGACCCAAUUCAAAAAGCACUUUAGAAGAGAAUGCCUAUGAGGACAUAGUAGAGAAAGAGAACCCAUAUGAGGAUGUUGACCUGAAGCGGAGGAGUUUGGGUCGGAAAUCUUGUCUGUCCGAGAGCAGCAGAUCUUGGACCACCACUGACAGGAAGCUGAACUCUCCACCUCAGUUGCCGUCCAAACCAAGCAGCCAGUCCCUUCGCCUCACUGGUUCGAGCGACAGGAAGAGCCACCGGAUGUCACAGUUGUCCAAACGCUACAGCCAUGAUGAGAUGCUGCUUCUCUCCCAGCUGGGUGGAUCAUCUUCACCUGGGGGCCUUCUGGAUGAUACCCUCCGCAGCACCAGCGAUACCCUGGCCUCGAACAGGCACUGGAGGAUCCCCAAGCUGGUUCAGAGGAUCAACUCCAUUUACUGCACUAAACGUGGGAAGAAGAGGCUGAAGAAGCUGUCCAUGACCAAUGUUGAGACUGCUUCUCUGAGGGAUGACAACAGUGAGAGCGAGAGUGACUCUGAUGACAGGUUCAAAGCUCACACUCAGAGGUUGUUGAAGCUGCAGUCGAUCCUCCGUCGGGCUCCCAGCUAUCGCACGCUGGAGCUCCAGCUCAUCGAGUGGCAGGAGAGGGAACUCUUUGAGUAUUUUGUGGUUGUUGCUCUAAAAAAGAAACCCAGCAAAAACUCUUACUCCCCAGAGGUCACCUACCAGUUCCCCAAGCUAGAGAGGCCCACCAAGCAGAUGAGGGAGGCAGAGCAGAGACUCAAAGCCAUUCCUCAAUUCUGUUUCCCCGAUGCAAAAGACUGGAGUCCUGUGUCUGAGUAUGCCAGUGAGACCUUCUCCUUCAUGCUGACCGGAGAGGACGGCAGCAGGAGGUUUGGGUACUGCAGACGCCUGCUGCCGACUGGGAAAGGACCUCGUCUUCCGGAGGUGUACUGUGUCAUCAGCAGACUGGGCUGUUUUGACUUGUUCUCCACGAUCUUGGAUGAGGUGGAGCGGCGGCGAGGCGUCUCGGCAGCCCUGGUUUAUCCCUUCAUGAGGAGUCUGAUGGAGUCGCCCUUCCCUGCACCAGGGAAGAUAAUCAAAGUGAAGUCCUUCCUGCCUGGAGCAGGAAAUGAGGUCAUCGAGCUGAGGCGGCCCACAGACUCCAGACUGGAGCACGUGGACUUUGACAGUCUGUUCAGUUGCCUCAGCGUACGGCAGGUGAUACGAGUCUUCGCCUCGCUACUGUUGGAGCGCAGAGUCAUCUUUGUGGCUGAUAAACUCAGCACCUUGUCCAGCUGCAUGCACGCAGUGGUGGCACUGCUCUACCCCUUCUCCUGGCAACACACCUUCAUCCCUGUGCUGCCAGCGUCUAUGUUGGAUAUUGUUUGCUGCCCUACUCCCUUCCUGGUGGGACUGCUGUCCAGCUCUCUGCCAAAGCUAAAGGAGUUACCUGUGGAGGAGGCUUUGAUGGUCGACCUGGGAACCGACAGAUUCAUCCGACAGAUGGACGACGAGGCCUCACUGUUGCCGCGGAAGCUUCAGGCAGCUCUUGAGCAAGCACUGGAGCAGAGGAAUGACAUCAUCAACCAGGACUCUGACAGCGAAUCAGACGAAGAGUAUAACUCCUUGAACAGUCUGGUGUCAGAGGCCUUCAUCCGCUUCUUCCUGGAGACCAUCGGUCAUUACUCCCUGUUUAUCACUCAGAAUGAGCGAGGGGAGCGCGUCUUCCAAAGAGAGGCCUUCCGCAAGUCUGUGGCGUCUAAAAGCAUUCGACGAUUCCUGGGCGUCUUCAUGGAGUCUCAGAUGUUUGCAGGGUUCAUUCAGGACCGAGAGCUUAGAAAGACCAGGGCAAAAGGUUUGUUUGAGCAGAGGGUGGAUCAGUAUCUGGAGGAGCUGCCAGACACGGAGCAGAGUGGAGUCAACAAGUUUCUGAAAGGCCUUGGAAGUAAAAUGAAGUUCCUCCACAAAAAGAGCUGAGCUGAACUCUUGCAAUCCUACACCAAGUUGAAGACCUGAUGUCUCCUCUUUUCAUUUUGAUGAUUCUCACUUUUCUAAAUCAUUUCUUUUAUGUAAACAUGUACAUAUUACUCCACUGUAAGCUGGCUGUGAUACUCUUCAGUGUAUGUUUAUAGUGCCUUAUGAGAUAGUGAUAGCAGGACGGUACACAGCGAGCGAGCCUCAGAGUAACCACUGAUGUCCAGGUGUGACUGUGAAGAGAGUUAUGCGGGUGUGUGUGUGAAAUGACCUGGGGUUUAGAUGUACAGUUCAUAUGUUAUUUUGUUUGUUUGUUUGUUUUCUUUUUCAUUGUCUCACCACAAUGUCGUCCUCUGUUUAAGGAGUGUAUUCAAAAAACUGUACAUGCAUCGAGACAACGAGGAGGAUAAAUGUAACUCUUCAUGGAGUCUUUUGCAAUCUUUUAUUAAAAAAUGGUAGUUAAAGUGCUACAAAUGCCUGAGUGUGAAGUAUUGACUGUACUUCUUUUUACAUGUUGAAUAUUUUUUGUCAUUAAAUAUGGGUUAAAGGGUAAUCCAUGAUUUAGA